AUGACAAACUUUAUCUUCGUGCCGCCGAUUACGACGAGUCUGUGGAGGAACGAUCAAUCUGGGAUGAUAUCAAUCGAAUCGAUAACAGAGGAAGAGUAUCGUAAAGUUUGGCAGACUGGAUCGCGGGCUCUUUAUUUCGCUCAAUGCGCAGAUGAAAAUGAGACCUGGCUGCCGUUGCUGGAAAAGGCUUAUGCUAAGGCUCACGGCGAUUACUCCGCCAUCGAAGGCGGGUUUGUUGGGGAGGCGCUCGAGGACCUCACCGGGGGAGUGACAUCUGACGUACUCACCAGCAACAUUCUGGAUAAGGACCGGUUUUGGAAAAAAGAGCUCAUGCAUGUCAACCAGGAAUUCCUCUUCGGCUGCGGCACGGGAAUAUUUGCCAACUGGCUGGAGCCGGAAUAA